CGAUGGAAAGUUUCGUCUCUUUGUAUGGCAGCGUUUGAGAAUAGUACUCAACGAGACGCCGAUCCCGGAAACUUCAGCAGCGAAAAAGUGACUUUUGACGUGCCCUGCAACCGAGCGCUGUACUCUGUAUGAAAAUCGAAUUCGGGCGAAUCUCGUUGGCAGAAUUUGUGAGUCAGUGGAGAAAAUCGCGUCUGAGGAACUCGUGAAAAGUUGAAUUGUGCCGAGAUCGAUGAUUUCACGAGCUGUGACGAAAAGUAACGGCGGCUUCCGUGCUUUCGAUGAUUCUCGAAGUUCUUUCGAUAAACGACGGUACUGCGGAAUCUCUGGAGCUCCCAAAUAAAUAAAUUCGCGCCAGAUUUUUCGAGCAAAAUUAAUAAAAGUUUGUUUUAACGGCAGGAAAGCGAUAAUGGCGGCUUCUGGCGCGACCUGAUGGAACGAGUGCGAAGCUCGAGGGAGAACGACGUCCGCCUGUUUCCCAUCCGUCGAUAUGUACGAUAAACGCACCGGAGUCGUGCAGUUUCAAGUUUGCCGGCGAGCGGCGAAAAUCACGUUGCGCGAGACGAACGGGGCGGGGCAACGAGGGGCAGCAGCACCGUCGAUUUACUCCCGUCAGACCGUAAACAUGACCUCAAAUAUUGACAGCUGUGAGCUGCGGAACAGCGGAACAACAAAGUUGUAAAAUCGUAAACAAUUAAUUAUUUCAUCAACUCUAUUCUGUUACAUUGGAUAUUACAGUUGUAAAAUGGCGAGGGCUACCGAGAGUAGGUGCUCAUCAGCAUCGUAUGAGGCAAACUCCAGCUGCAACGACAAUUACAAUGUCGAAAAUACCAUGUUGCGAAAAAAGUUGCAUCUUCAAUCAGAGUCUCUAAAUAUCUUGAGUCAAGAAUUGGACCAAUGUAGAAAUCAACGAGAUCAGUAUAAAUGGGCGGCAGAACAGAUACAAGUACGCUUGUCGCAUAUGAAUGUGCAAUCUAGUGAACAUAACAAUGUUAAAUGUUCUUUCAGUACAGACAAUGAAAUUCGAACGAUGGAACUGUUGAUGGAAGCUCGAGAGGUGAACAAAUGCUUAAGGUUACAGGUUGAAACCCUCAAACAAAAGUUGGGCGAUGCUCGGGCUGAUAUUAAAGUCCUCAGAGCCACCAGUCAAUCGAAUAUCGAACAGAGUACACAAUUAGCACCUGAUGUUCAUCAGAGAGAAGAAAUGAUUGAACAGUUGGAAAAAAUGAAUAUCAAAUGCACCCAGCUACAAACUGAUUUACAAACUGUGUUGGAUGAAAAACAUGAAUUAGAAACUGAGCGAGAUGCCUUUAAGUGUAAAGCGCAUCGUCUCAAUCACGAACUGUCAAAAGCUCUGAGUGCGACAACAACUGUUGACUUUGAUGCUCUAAUCAACGAAAAUAGGUUUCUACAAGAGCGAUUGCAACAGUUGCAAGAAGAAAAAGAAUUGGCCAGGCAAUCUCUUUCGAAAUACAAGGGCAUGUUGGACAGCAAACGGACGAAAGGAACUAUAAAAUUGGGCGGUGAUUCGGCCGCGGGUACGGUUAUGACGUAUAAACAAGUGGAACAAUUACUGCAACAAGCAACAACAGUACCACCUCAAAAAUCUGCAGCCGCGAUAUCUGACUUACGACGACUCUGUACGGCUUUACUCGAAACUCUCAACGACAAAACGCUUGCUCUGGUACAUCAGAAAAAAGCCAACAAGAUUUUGGCAUCGAGAAUCUGUGAAUUGGACAACGCGGUACAAUCGCCAACAAUGAAGUUGCUCGAGGGUUACGUUGGCGCUGACGUUGAUUCGACAGUGAACUGUGACUUCAACAAUCCUGAAUUCGACAUCAAAUCGACGGCGUCGGACAAUCUUGAAAAGCGCGAAGACGGUCUCGGACUCGGUGCUAGCGAGCAAACGAAUCGAAGUUUGCCAAGCAGCAUCAUCGAUCGGAAUUUGCAUCCUUUGCCAAUCGAUUUACCAGAGUUACCAAAAAAUUUGGGUGAUUUGGUUGAGAAGGCUUUGCUCAACUUAAGAGACAACGACAAGGACAAAUAACACGGAUUUCAAUAACGAGAAGCACUCCGUUAAGUCAUUCCUGUACGAAUACCAAAAAAAAUCUCGUAAUCUAGUCAAAGAAUUCACACCAAAUAUUGAAGAAACAGAUUUACAAAUAUUGGUCUCAAGGCGACCACUGUGACCCGAUAGUUUUGGAAUAUCGUAAUUGAGUGAAUAAUUUUGACGUUUUUCUUCAUGGAAUCAUGCUCGAAUUGCUCUUUACGCUCGCACUGAUUGUCGAAGGACGUUUGUGACUUUCAUCAAGACAGAAACCAAUUCCACGACGUUUACAAGAAAUUAGUUUUUUUUUUCAAGAUAAACUUCAAAAGAAACUGCUCAUAUGUUGAAGAGCCUCAUUCCCACAAUGCAAAUAUCAAUUUUAUUAUUUCGUAAUCUGUUUCUCUGACCAAAAUAAAUACUAUAGCGAAAUAUAGAACGUAAAUUUCAAA